AGUGUUUGCAUAAGCUUAACUUAGCACUGGGUGGUAACCCCAAAAAUGGAUGACACGAAACUAUUUUACGGCAUUCCGAAUUUUAUUUGUCCCACUUGGCGUUAAGAGUCGUAUGUUUCUGUGCGGAGAUGUCGAUGUGUUUGCCAGGCCCUGCCCUUUUGCAAGAUGAGGCAUUGUGCAAAUGCGAUACUAACACCAAUAAGAGCCAACGUUUAGGGUAAGUUGAGGAUUUACGGAGGGCUAGGGCUCCUGGACGUGUGUCCUUUCUGCAGCCUCCAGCUAGCAGGGAUGUCCUUCCCAGGACAGGCGGGACCGAGGCCCUGCCCCAGGCCAACCUGGGUGGCCAGGUACCUCACCUCCUGCCGACCUGCACCAGUAUGUGAAAUCUCCUUUGGGGCCAAGCACAGUUUUCCGUGGUGGCAAUGGGGUGAACAUAGAGCUAAAAUUAGGAAGGCCCCUUGGCAAGCGUGGGUGUAUGCCAGUUGUUUAUGUCACUGAAAAUUCGCCCACUCUGUUGCAGGCAAUGCCAAGGCCCAGUGGUCUCCCAGUGCAGUCACACAAAGCCUGGGCCCACCCACACAAUUCUGGGAUGUGGCGUGACCUAGGAGCCUCCGAUUCUGAGAUGUAGGUGAUGCCACAGGAAGCUUGGCAGCAUCAGAGUCACCCUACUUUCAUAGCAUGCUCUUCUCACCAGCGCAAAGGCAAAAGGCAGCUGGAGGAGAUGGGCAGAAAGGGCACAGUGCCGUGGCUUGUGCUAGUCACUCUGCUGUGUGGGCUGGCUUGCUCCCUGAGAGGCCUGUUGGUUAACUCUGCCUGGGAUGGCAAGAUGCCUGAAAGCAGCUUUCCAAGGAAGGUCUUUAAUUGCCACGUUUCUGUUCAUUGUCUCCACUUUCUCUGGAGAGAUGUUUCCCCCGUCACCUCGAGGAGUCUGACUGGAGAGCGCGUCAUCGCCAGCAGCUGAUGUGAGCCAAGUGAAGGAGGCAAGGUGGUCAGGCACGGCAGGUGGCCUCCGAGCCGAAGCAGUCCGCACAGGGCCGAGCCUGGAGCAAGUGGUCGCUGCAGGAGAGAAUCCUCUCACCUCGUAAAGUCCUGGGCACACUGUGCGACACAGGCAGAUGUCAAGGCUGUCGUGAUAGCCAGCCUGUCCUCUGCUCCCUCGUGAUCCACAGGACUGUACUUCUGCUUCAGUAGAAUCAGAUUCUGGUUGUGAUCCAAGUCACUUUCACAGCUGCAUCAGAAGCCGCAGGGCAGCCCAGAUUCAGGCAGUUGGAGAGCCGAGUCCCAGCACUGCCUCACAGGUCCUGAGACGGCCACUUCUGGGAGCAGAGCCCUCAGUGCCCAGCAAAUUUGGCGGCGGUCGUAGGUCACACCAGGCACCUCCUCAGAACCAGUUCACGGCCCCACGGAGACCAGGCCCCUGCCUGCCUCUUCUGCAGAGUGAGAGAACCCUUCCUGGCAGCAGGCUGAGUACACAGCCUGGGCCACUCUGCCUUUGCAUCCAGUAAAUUCCUCAUCUAUGCCUGUUUGCUGCUGUUCUCUGUGCUACUGGCCCUUCGUCUGGAUGGCAUCAUUCAGUGGAGUUACUGGGCUGUUUUUGCUCCAAUAUGGCUGUGGAAGUUAAUGGUCAUUGUCGGAGCCUCGGUUGGAACUGGAGUCUGGGCACGAAAUCCCCAGUAUCGAGCAGAAGGAGAAACGUGUGUGGAGUUUAAAGCCAUGUUAAUCGCAGUGGGCAUCCACUUGCUCCUGUUGAUGUUCGAAGUCUUGGUCUGUGACAGGAUCGAGAGAGGAAGCCACUUCUGGCUGCUGGUCCUCAUGCCGCUCUUCUUUGUCUCCCCGGUUUCGGUUGCAGCUUGUGUUUGGGGCUUUUGACAUGACAGGUCACUGGAGUCUGCGCACCUCAGCGUGGGCCUCUGUGGCUCUGCGACCUCACAACAGGUUCCUCAGGACUUCAGCUGCCGAUUCCUGGAGCCGCUGGAUGCUGGUGGUCAUGGAAACCGGCUCCGACGCGCCAGCAGCCCUGAGGCUCCGGGAUGGUCCUCCGGAUACAGUCGUCAGGCUGGGCACCGAGGCAACCCAGCCCACCUCACUAGUAACCCUCUGCACCAUCCCUUCCGCCCCACCUCCCACCAGCACGCCCCGACACCCGACCCCAAAUACCCCCUCCCACUUAACUUCCCACCCCACACAGCCCUCCCCCGUCCCCCACCACCCCAACUCCCACACCCUCAGCUUCCCACCGCCUACCUUCCCGCACCCUCCCGCCUGCCCCACUUACCUCACUCCACCCCAACAACACCUCACUACUACACCUCCCACGGCCCCGUCCACCCCUCCUCUGACCACCGCGCCCAUACACUGGUCCCCAACGCCCCCACCCAUCCACUUCCCAGCCCCCAGCUCCCCCCACCCCUCCCCCCUCCCCGCAGCUCCCUCCAACCCACCCACUUGCCCUUGCUGACACCCCCCCAGAACUCUCCCAGCACCAAGAUCCCACCCCACAUAUACCCCCACCGCUCCCCCCACUGCCGCACCUCCCCCACCCCAUCACUCCACCUCACUACUACCCCUCUCCACUGCCUCUUUCCCCCCUCCCUCCACCCCGCAUCGCCCCAUCCACCGAAAUCCCCAUUCCCCAAAACCCUCGCCCUGCUGCACACCACCCCACCUCCUGUCCCCAAACUUUGCAACCCCUAUUUUCCCGCACCCCUCCCUGACUCCCCCAACUAUCACAACCCCACCUGGACACCGCCUCACUACUACAUCCCUCCACAGACACUUGCCCACACCUCUCACUGUCGCGCCCCCAAACUUGCCCCCAUCUCCCCCAUCCACUGACUUCCCACCCCCAGCAAACCCCACUCCUCACCCCGCCUCACAGCUCCCUACAACCCCCAGCUCCCACAAGCCCCACCUCCACCCCCCCACCUCCCGACACCCGCACCCUCACCUCCCCCCAUGUUCCCAACAUCCGGCCCCCCACAUCUCCCCUUCUUCCCCCCACUGCCCCACCUCCCCGCAUCCGACCACCGCACCACAUCCACUAGGGACCUGGGGAGGCAGAGCCCUGGGCCUCGUGAGCUGCAGCAGGUGGGAGAAGGCGGGGUUUAAGGGAUGCCCAGAGGGAGGAGCGAGGAUCCCCCACCCCGCCCCCGAAUCCUUGUGCGCUCCACCCGGCAGCCUCCAGGGGGCGCUCCGACCCAGCUUCCGGAUGUGAUGUCAUUAGUCUUCCGACUGGGAGGCCUGAGGGACGGGACGGCCUCAGUGUCUGACGCCGGAUUCAGGUCACGCACAAGGACUCCAGGGAGGGGAGGGCCUGUAAGUGACGCCUGGACCCAGGCCAGCUGAGACAGCACCCCAGGCCCCGACAGGCUUCUCCAUGCCAGGAGCAUCGCCAGCCCUGGGCCGGGCCUGGGGACAUCAGGAAACGGCAGCUGAAGUCCUGCGGCACCUGUCCUGAGGUCGCAGAGCCAUGGAGGACCAGGCUGAGCCAGGAGACAAGGUUGCCAUUCCCCUGAGCAGCGUCAGCAUGCCUCUGGGCGCGAGGAGUGUGCAGUGCCUGUUGGAGGAGGCCCAGCAGGAGGCGAGCGAAGCCCAGGGCCUGGAAGGGGCCCAGCCUUCGUCUCAGGAUGGGCCAGCCACCCUGGGAAGUGAGCCCCACGCCCAUAGCUCCAGCAGCCAUGGGGACGAGGCCGCAGGGGAUGCCAGGGCCUCUCUCCAAGAUGCGCUGCGCAGGAAGGAGAUCCAACUGGUGACCUUCCUGCUCCACAAGUACCGCGCCAAGGAGCCGACCACGAAGGCAGAGAUGCUGGAGCUGGUCGCCCAGGAUCACCAGGACCACUUCCCUGACAUCCUCAGCCGUGCCUCCUUGUCCUUGGAGCUGACCUACGGCAUUGAUGUAAAGGAAGUAGAUCCCAGCAGCCACUCCUAUGUCCUGGUCCCCACCCUGGGCCUCACCUGGGAUGGGGUGACCGAAGAGCAGCGCCUCCCCAAGACCGGCCUCCUGGCGCUGCUCCUGGGCAAGAUUUUCCUGUGGGGGGGCCGGAUCCCAGAGAAGUAUAUGUGGGAAAUACUUAGUGCCAGGGGGGUGUACUCCGGGAGGGAGCACUGCAUCUUCGGGGAGCCCAGGGAGCUCAUCACCAGGGUCUGGGUGCAGGAGCAGUACCUGGAGUACCAGCAGGUUCCCGACAGCAAUCCUGCUCGCUUCCAUCUGCUCUGGGGCCCCAGGGCCCACGCAGAGGCCAGCAGGGUGCAGGUCCAGCAGUUUUUGCUCAGGCUCCUUAGCACACCUAUAGGCCCUUUCCUGUGCCCAUCUGAGGAGGCUAGGACCAAUGAGGAACAGGGUCCCUGAGCAGAGGGGGGCCAGGCCCAGGCCAAGCCCCCGUCAGGCAGGCGCUUCUGCUGGGCAUGCAGUCAGGCCCCUUCUCCCUCUGGCCUAGGAGAGAGAGCAGCCAGCACUCUAAGGAGCGCAGGUUCUGUGCCACGUGGGCUGGAGCCUCUGGGCUCCUGUUCUCCCCGACCCCAUGGAAGUGGGUCUCUGUUACCUCUGGUGUGAUUCCCCCUGUUGUUCCUUUUCAUAGAAAGGGCGGUUAGCUUCAUCGUCUGUUUCUGUAUGACAUGUAUCCCAUGUAUGUUUGGACAGUUUACCAGUUCAGUGCGUUGCUGUUUUGUAGACACAUGGGGACACCUUCCAUCUGAGUUUGUGACCAGAGCUAGGUCACAUGGCAUCGGCCUCGCCACUCCCUCCCAAAAGUGAUGGAAAUUAGCAGUAAAAUGGACGGUGUCCCGAAAUGGAGAAAUAAAAGUACAGUUGGUUAA